CUCCUGGGAAACGAACGCCUCUUCUCCUCCCCCCAUCAUCAUCACACCCACGCAAUUCCGCGCGUUUCGCUGGCUGACAGCCUGCGCGACCGGCCUCGAAUCGAAACGCGGCUACAAGGCCCUUUCGUAGCCGAGCCCUUCGCCCUGAGCUGCCCCUUGCAUCGCGUCUGAGGUUCUACUGGACGCGCCCUCUCAUGCCUGUUGCAACGUCACCAGCCGCCUCGCCUCGUCCGUCCACGCUUUCCAAGAUGGAGGACAGGAAGAGACCUGCCAUCGGCGCCGCCGAUGAUCUCGCCCCUCCUAGCAAGAGAGUGGCAGUCAACGGCUCCAAGACCAAGGAUGACCCGUCCGAGAUGAAGGAAGAGGGCUGGAUCGAGUGAUGAUGCUCGUUGCCUCGCGACAGCAAUCUGCGGCCCCCAGAACCCGUCUCACCCGUUCACGUACCCUGUUGCACGCUUCGUAACCAUCAUUCAAUCGCGUACUUCUCGCGGCCGGCCGUUUUAUAGGCUUAGGCGGAUGCUGACGUGCGACACCAGGCGUACACCAGAGGGGCAAUAUAUCGUCAAAUGCAGGAAUAUAGUCGCAAGGCAGCUACCGCGGAGUCUCGACUGGAGGAGCUCCACAAACGAUGCGUUCAUCACGAUGAUCACCUCAGAAUUGUUGAUGCCUGGUGGCGGCAGUUGAUGGAAGAGCUGGAGGGCCUCGCAGACAAGAACCUUCCGACUCCAGCAGCAACAAAUGAACCACCAUACCUCAGCGGCGUCAAUUUCAAGGACCUUCACGAGUUUCAGAACCAUGUGCAGGAAAAGGCAAACACUAUCAGAACGAAGGCGGAAACGCUCCUCGGACGCAUCGCCGCUCAUCGUGGGCAACUCGCUCCUGACGCUGCGACGCUGGAGAAGAGGCUCACAGGGCUGUUGGCCGCCCAGAAGGAGUACAUGCUCAAACUUGAUCGGUUGAACGCCGAGAAGGAGCAACUCACGGAGCAGCUGAAUGCGGCAACAUUGAGGUACUUCAAGGCAGAAAAGAAGCUCGAUCGUGCCAAGAGCGCACAGGUUCAAAAACUGGAGCAGAAGGCAUUCGCCAACGCCACACGACCACCUGCCGCAUCUAGCGAUGGCGGCGUGGAAACCACUGAAACAAAUGGUAACGUCGACGAGCUGUUAAUGAAGUAUGAGGAGGCAACGGCGGCAGCGGCGAAGCAAAAAGAGCAGCUUGAUGCGGUUCUGGCUGAGAUCAAGUCCUUACAAGACGAGAAUUCGACUCUCAGGGCUCGGCGGGAACAAUGGACGGACGAAGACCUUGUGCGGUCAGACGUUUUCAAGACAUUCAAGGGCCAGAACGAAGACCUCAUCAAGCGGAUCAAUAAUCUGGAAGCGACGAAUAGGCAGUUGCGGGAAGAAGCAGAGAAGCUGCAGGCUGAGCGAACCACGUUCAAGAACCAACUGGAGGCCGACGCGACCCAGAUUACGCAGGACCUAGAGGCGGACAUCAUUUCCCGCGACCAAGAUCUGGCCCGCGUGCGCUCUGCUCGAGACGAAAUUCUAGCCGAAAACACCCAGCGGAAAGCGAGCAUGGAACAGGAGAAGUCAUCAAUGGAUCAUAUCAAGGAUCUGGUUGGCGCCAAAGACGAUCGGAUCGCGGCACUCGAGUCAGAGAUCUCGCGACUUAAGCCAUCUGAGGACGAGGAGAUGACGUCUCCAGACGACAGCCAGGAGCUGGCCGAGGAGGAGCUGCGACAAAAGUACAAGAAACUGCAGCAAGACUUCCAGUCCAUCAACCAGGAACUGCCAUCCAUCGAGAAGGCGUAUAAGAAGAUGAAGGACCUGGCUCAGAAGAAGGUCUUGGACUUUGCGGCUCUUGAGGAGAAGGUGGCGCUUCUGAUUGCGGAGAAGAGCAAAGCGGAUCAAAAGUAUUUUGCUGCGCGGAAAGACGCCGAUACCCGGAACAACGAGAUAAGAUCGUUGAGGCAUCAGAACAGCAAAAGCUCCGAGAUCAUUGCUCAGCUGAAGGGGCUGGAAACGCAGAAUAGGACCCUGCUCGGCAACCUGGAGAAGCAGUUAUCGGACCUCAAGCAGACCAAUGGCGCGUUGGCUGUCGAGAACAAGAAGCUCGAGACGUCCACUCAAGAGGCGGUGCGGCGGGCAGACUCGCUCUCUCGGCAGAUUGAAGAGCUGGGCAAUCUAGUCAAAUCUCGCGACGCCGCAUCUGCCGUUGUCAGGGAACGCAACACGAUGCAGGAAGCUGAGGUUGAGAAGCUCAAAGUGCGCAUCGAGCACGCGCAGAAGGACCGAGACAAUUGGCGAAGCAAAGCACUAAGCAACUCGUCAGAGGAGGAAGAGAUGCUUCGGACAUUUGCUCUGUGUUCAAUCUGUCGCAACAACUUUAAAAACACGGCGCUUAAGACGUGCGGACACCUCUUCUGCAACAAGUGCGUCGAAGAUCGGAUUAGCAACCGGAUGCGCAAGUGUCCCACCUGCUCGCGAGCCUUCGAUAAAAUGGACGUGAUGCCCGUGCAUCACUGAUUGCUCUCCCGAUUGACGACAUGCCUCAUGUUACUGCUUGGCUAUUGAGGGAUCUGGCGUUUGGCGACGUUUGGACGAGCGAGCCUCAUUCGUUCGAUACAGCGCUUUGGCUGGGUUCCCUAUGUCGCACAUCAAAGCUGUCAGAGGCCGGUUACGUCGAGAGGAGUGCUUCUCGGAUGGUCAUGAACUCCGGGCUCCUAUGUCAGACAUUGUUUGGACAUUUUGUACUUUUAGGAGAGUUUGGGACGGGAGGAAGUGACCGUCAACGUGUACAUGUUACGAAGGCAUCAUUCUGCGUCAUGAAAGAGGGGCGUCAGGCGAGCGGCGUUUUGGGUUGGAUACUCGAAUUCGACCUUGUCAGACGUGAGCAGCUAGCGAAGGGCGAGCCAUAGUCAACGCUGGAAUUCACUCGGCUGAUUUCGACCUGAUUUCUCGUCGAAGCUUUCAAUUUCCUCUUAUCUGCGACGAGUGGAACCGAAGCCUGUGCUCUCGUGACGGGAGGAGUUCCCCCCAGAGCUUGACGACGACGACGCCGGCGAGGGUCUCGAGCUGGAACCGACGCCCCAACCGCUGUUGUUACCGUAGUCCCGCAAACCGCCGCUGUUGCGAUUCCUGUUCCCAGCCAUGUACCCAGCAGCGGCGCCGCCAGCCAGACCGCUCCAGAACCCCGGCGUCCAACCCUGCUGCCGCGAAGAAGAGGGCUUGGAGCCAGGAUAGGGCGGAGGAGGGUCAUCGCCGCCCGGGCCCCAGCCGGGAUUCCAGCCUCCGCCGCCGCCGCCGCCGCCGCCUCCACCACCGCCCCAACGUGGCCCGCCAACCCUCCGGCCGCGUUGUUGACCGUUGCCGUUGCCGUUGCCGCCGUAGCAGGCCGAGUACACGAUCCACCCAAGAACAGCGACGAAG